GCCCGGGAGCCCGAGCCCGAGCCCGGGGCGGGCGGCAGCGGGAGGCGGCGAGGGGCCCGGCGGCGGCGGCCUGCGGGGCCUGCGGGGCCUGCGGGGCGCGCGCCGGGCCAGGCCGGGCCGCGAUGGCGACCAGGAAGGCGGGCUCGCGGCUGGAGACGGAGAUCGAGCGCUGCCGCUCCGAGUGCCAGUGGGAACGGAUCCCCGAGCUGGUCAAGCAGCUGUCGGCCAAGCUCAUCGCCAACGAUGACAUGGCGGAACUCCUCCUGGGGGAGGCAAAGCUGGAGCAGCACCUGAAGGGGCACCCCCUGCGGCAGGGGGCCAGUCCCCGAGGCCCCAGGCCCCAGCUGACUGAGGUCCGCAAGCACCUGACCGCAGCCCUGGAUCGGGGGAACCUCAAGUCAGAAUUCCUACAAGAAUCCAAUCUGAUCAUGGCCAAGUUGAAUUAUGUGGAAGGAGAUUUUAAGGAAGCUCUGAACAUCUACGCCCGGGUGGGCCUCGAUGACUUGGCGCUGACAGCCGUCCCUCCGUACAGGUUGCGGAUGAUCGCGGAAGCCUACGCUACCAAAGGACUUUGUUUAGAGAAGCUGCCUAUUUCAUCUUCUACCAGUAAUCUCCAUGUGGACCGGGAGCAGGACGUCAUCACCUGUUACGAGAAAGCAGGGGACAUCGCGCUCCUGUACCUCCAAGAGAUAGAACGGGUAAUACUUACUAAUAUUCAGAACAGAAGCCCUAAGCCUGGCCCUGCUCCCCACGAUCAAGAACUAGGUUUUUUCCUAGAAACAGGACUUCAGAGAGCCCAUGUCCUCUAUUUCAAAAAUGGGAACUUGACAAGAGGAGUCGGGAGAUUUAGAGAGAUUCUCAGAGCAGUAGAGACGAGAACAACCCAAAACCUGCGCAUGACAAUAGCCAGGCAGUUGGCAGAGAUCUUGUUGCGAGGUAUGUGUGAGCAGAGCUACUGGAACCCCCUGGAGGACCCCCCCUGCCAGUCACCCCUGGACGACCCACUCCGGAAAGGAGCAAACACCAAAACCUACACGCUGCCUCGCCGAGCCCGAGUCUACUCAGGAGAGAACAUUUUUUGUCCUCAAGAAAACACUGAAGAAGCUCUGUUGCUGCUGCUGAUUAGCGAAUCGAUGGCCAAUCGAGAUGCUGUGCUGAGCAGGAUACCGGAGCACAAGAGCGACCGCCUCAUCAGUCUGCAGAGUGCCUCCGUGGUCUACGAUUUACUGACCAUUGCUCUUGGGAGAAGAGGCCAGUAUGAGAUGCUGUCUGAGUGCUUAGAAAGAGCCAUGAAGUUUGCCUUCGAGGAGUUCCACCUCUGGUACCAGUUUGCUCUGUCGCUGAUGGCUGCUGGAAAAUCUGCCCGUGCUGUGAAGGUGCUGAAGGAAUGCAUCCGGCUGAAGCCCGACGACGCCACGAUCCCGCUCCUGGCCGCUAAGCUGUGCAUGGGCUCCCUUCACUGGUUGGAAGAGGCCGAGAAGUUUGCCAAAACCGUCGUGGAUGUGGGAGAAAAAACAUCAGAGUUCAAGGCCAAAGGCUACUUAGCGCUGGGGCUCACCUACAGUCUGCAGGCCACUGACGCUUCCCUGCGCGGGUUGCAGGAGAUUCUGCAGAGGAAAGCGCUGCUUGCAUUUCAGAGGGCCCACAGCCUGUCACCCACAGAUCACCAAGCAGCUUUCUACCUGGCUCUGCAGCUCGCCAUCUCCAGACAGAUACCAGAGGCCCUCGGGUACGUCCGCCAGGCUCUCCAGCUUCAAGGCGAUGAUGCCAACAGCCUGCACCUCCUCGCCCUCCUCCUGUCAGCACAAAAGCAUUAUCAUGACGCCCUCAACAUUAUCGACAUGGCCCUGAGCGAGUAUCCAGAGAACUUUAUACUACUGUUUUCCAAAGUGAAGUUGGAGUCGCUCUGCAGGGGCCCGGAUGAGGCCCUGCUCACCUGUAAGCACAUGCUACAAAUAUGGAAAUCCUGCUACAACCUAACCAACCCCAGUGACUCUGGACGUGGUAGCAGCCUCUUAGAUAGAACCAUCGCCGACAGACGACAGCUUAAUACAAUCACUUUGCCCGACUUCAGCGAUCCCGAGACAGUGUCAGAUUCCUCCUCCUCCUCCUCUUCUCUUUCAAGAACUGAAUCUCGUCUCCACCUGUUUGUAUCUUCUCAUCUUCAUUCUCAUCCCAAACCUGAUACCUUUGUGUGGCCCUCUGCAACUCAUGCAUUCAGUGACUCAGGGCCCCGCCAGGAGCCUUCGCUCUGCAACUCUCCAGAAGCGUACUUUCAUGGUUUUCCCUCCCUUUUUUCAGUUAGCUCCAUCCAUGCCACAUCCGUCGCCGCCUCGAGAGUGGAGCAGGCGCUGUCGGAAGUGGCCUCGUCCCUGCAGAGCAGCGCCCCUAAACAGGGCCCCCUGCACCCCUGGAUGACGCUGGCACAGAUCUGGCUCCACGCAGCUGAGGUCUACAUUGGCAUCGGGAAGCCCGCAGAAGCCACGGCCUGUACCCAAGAAGCUGCCAACCUCUUCCCCAUGUCCCACAACGUCCUGUACAUGCGGGGCCAGGUGGCUGAGCUCCGAGGAAACUUCGACGAAGCCCGGCGGUGGUAUGAAGAAGCCUUAUCCAUCAGCCCCACCCAUGUGAAGAGCAUGCAGCGACUGGCCCUGAUCCUCCACCAGCUAGGCCGCUACAGCCUGGCAGAGAAGAUCCUCCGGGACGCGGUCCAGGUGAACUCCACAGCCCACGAGGUAUGGAACGGGCUGGGCGAGGUCCUCCAAGCCCAGGGCAACGACGCGGCGGCCACCGAGUGCUUCCUGACAGCCCUGGAGCUGGAGGCCAGCAGCCCCGCCGUGCCCUUCACCAUCAUCCCCCGCGUGCUCUGAGCCGGGGCCGCCGGCGGACGGUUCUGCCACCCCGGGGCCUGGACAGGGGUCCCGCUGACCACAGUGAACUCACCAAGCCACCCCCGAAUCAUCGUUCUCUCCUCGUGAAAUGAUUUCUCUCACUGUUUUUUGUGUUUGUUUGUUUUUUUUUGCCAGCCCAAUGAUAGUUUCAAAUCUACUGACGUGGUUCAAAAUGGAUUCUUAUUAUGUGCCAUAUUUGUUUGGUUCCUUUGACAUCUGAGUUUUCAGUACAAUGAUUAUGGAAGUAAUCAGUAAACGUAGAAGAAUAUAUUCCAAGUUUAAAAUUCAGUGGCAGAACAGAUUAUUUUUAUCAGAGCUGUAAAGAAAGCACCUGUCCUGUCCUCUGUGCCCGCCACCACUCCUGCCCCGCCCCCCCUCGACCUUGACCUUGGCCCAGACACCAAAUGUGAAUCUUCUGUUCCCACCUCAAUACCAGUCCGGCCAGGACACCAGCUGACAUCUCGGUUCUACUGUCAAUAAUUGUACCAUGUGGUAAAUAACUGUUCUCUUUACUUAGAACAAAGCCUGAGUCCAAGAAUAUUUAUAUUUUACCAAUAUAUGCCUGUUACAAGAGAAGGAAAAUAUGAGUUAUUUAAGUUUAACUUUUUUAUGUGAAUUCAGAGUUUAUUUAUCGAUGGAAAUAUGUACAAAGAAGCUUCAAAUGGAAUAUUUACCGACAUUCCUUAUACACGACAGACACUUGGCUAAAUGGGAAGAUGAUGUUAAUAAAAAAAUAAUAAUAAUUUUUAAA